UCCAGGACGGCGCGAAAACCUAAUUGACAAGAAGUUCUCCCCGCCGCUCUGGGGCCUUCGUUGUCUCUCGUAUCCUCCCCCUCCCCCGCUCAGAGCCCCUCUCUGCCCCGGCGCCCGGGCCCCCGAGGGUCUCCCGCCGGCGGGGGGAGGGGGAGACGCCAGCGCACUACCCCCGCUUGGAGGGACUGCGCCCGCGCCCUUUCUGCGGGGUCUCUUCCCGCGCCCCGAGCUCCUCGGGGUCCAGCCCAGCCUCUCCCGCCAUGGCAGCUGCGCGCGCUCGCCCCGGACCCUGCCCCGCUCGCGCCUGAGGACCCGGCCACCCCGGAGGAGCAGAGCCGGGGAUCAUGGUCGGGGUGCUGGCCAUGGCCACGGCGGCCGCGGCUCCGCCCCGAGCGCCCGGGAAGGACUUGGACAUCCAGCCAUGCAAGAAACCAAGGAAAGAAGAUGAUGGAUCCUGUUGUAAAACAAUUACUGAGUAUAUGUCACCUAUAAGGAAGACUGCGGACAAAGUUUUCUCACCACCAAAAUCUAAUAACAUCUUAGAUUAUUUUAAAAAGACUUCACCCACAAAUGAAAAGCCUUACAUGGCUAAAGAGCGUAAAAUUCAAUCUUCUAAACCAUUGCAUGUUGAUGACAGGAAAGAAUGGAAAACACUUUCAAAUAGUCCCUCCAAUUUAGAGCUUAAGACAAGAGGAAAAAGAAUUAAUUUAUCUCAACAACUGAAUAAUAUUAAAAAACUGGAAAAUGAACCUAUAAUAAUUAGUAGUGAUGACAGCAGAGAAGAAAUGAGUUUAAAUAAUGUUUUUGUGAAUAGUGAUACUUCUGCUUUACUUACCCAGGAAUAUAUAGAGACCUUCUCUGAAGGUAGUCACAAUAAUAAAAAGCAGUCAAGCACAAUGUCCUCUUCAAAAGAUCAAAAGAACGUAAACUCUGACCAAAGCAAUAUAAAAAAUGACUGCAAAAAAUUAAGGAAGAGGAAGCACAAAGAUGAUAAAGGCCUAACUAGAAAUUUAUCAUUAGAAAAAGAAGCAAACCAACAAUAUAAAAAGGAGCUUAAAGACAAUAAACAAACUGAUGAAGUUGUGAAUCUUACAAGCAAUUCCAGUCUGGGUACUCACAUGCCUAAAACACCACCCCAGGUAAAUGAUAAUACAGUAACUGUAUCAUAUGAAGAAUUCUUAAGAAGUCAGGAAGAAAACACAUUGGAGCACAUUGGAGAACCAAAAAUGUUGGUUUGUAAUUAUUCUGAUACUGCAGAUAAAGUUGAUAAAAGUGGGAACACUAGUGAUCCUGAAGCUGAUGAAAGUUCCCAGCAGUUGUCCCUUAAAACAGUGACUGUUCUUGCACAAAUCCAUGCUGUCCCCCCAAAACCUAUUUCAAGGAUAAAGGGGAAAAAGAUUAUGAAAAUACCAUCAAUUUUCUUAAAACAAAAGGAAUGUGAAAUUGGAAAUAAUCUUCCAGAGUCCGAAAAUGAACAGACAAUUCAGAAAAGAAAAUCCAAUGUAGUUAUAGCAGAGGAAGAAUUGGAGUUAGCAGUGUUAGAAGCUGGAGGCCCUGAAGCUGUAAAGCCAAAAUGUACAGUGGAAGAAAGACAACAGUUUAUGAAUGCUUUUAGGCAGCCUGCAUUUGAUGCUGUUAAAAAUGGAGUUAAAAAAUCCUUGGAAAAACAAAAAGAUGCUCAGGAAAAAUCCUUGAAAGAGGAAGGGGGUAAAGAUGACUUAUGUAAAGUAACAGAAUGUCCUAAAAUGCAGAAGGAUUCAAAUAAUGACAAUUUACAGCCAUGUGAUCCUAAGGGAACCCCAACCAAAGGAAAAAGGAAAAAGCUUCAGAAAAAGGAUAUAAGAAUAUUGGCUGCUCAGGAUGCUAGUAAAAAAGAAAGUACUUCAUGUGAUGUAAAUUCGGAGCAAAGUCCAAGUAGUAUCAGAAGAAGUUUAAGACAACAGAAAACUGAAGCUUUCAAAAGCACUCACUCUCAUAGCAUUACAAACUCUAUUUCUGAAGGCAUUCCAGACUGUCAUCCUUUACAUGUUUCCACUCCCAAAGUCAGCAAUAAAUCAUCAAGAAAGAUUACUACACCAGUAAAAGCCAGAGUCACAUAUCCUAAAGAUGUCUUAGAUGUCAGCCUGGGAAAUGAUUUCACUCCAAAAUCAACCCAAAAAUCUUCCCCAAAAAACUUAAUAAGGAUUAGAGACACUGAUUCUGAAGAUGAACAAGUUGUUGAUGGUCCUGGAAAGGUUUCUACUUCAACAGCUGCCAGCAUGUCCCUGGAACAGCAUGGUUUAUAUGUGGCUGAAUUGAUAACAAUACCCUUUGAUUCAAAGAGUCCUAUUAGGAUGAAAUUUACCAGAAUUAGUUCACCCCGAAAAUCCAAGAAAACUGAAACAGAUGAAGAUUUUAUUCCCAGGAGUAGAAAGGCAAGCAGUGUUUCUAAAAAUAUAUCAAAGGCAAAACAGUUGAUUGAAAAAGCCAAAGCCAUACAGCAUAGCAGGUCAAAGAUUAAUGAAGAAGUGUCAGCUCCUUUGCGACGUUCCUCUAGACAACAGAUUCUGACUGAAAGGAGAAAAUUAUCAGAGAUAGACGAUUCAGUUAUAACUAUAGAUUCAAGUGCCACUUCCUCACAGAGUUCAGAGAACAAACAGAAGGAAAUCCAGUGUUUGAAUGAUGUGCUGGGGAAAAAAAUUAACAAGACAACUAAGAAUUUACCUGGAAAAAUAAAAAUGGCUCCUCUGUUCUUGGCCAAAAAAACCCAUAAAGCAGCUGAACCCAUUGUGAUUUUUGAUGACAACAGUCAAGGUGCAUCUGAAAACUCUCAGGGUGAUGAGCAAUUUAAAGCAAAGCGUGAAUUUCUCAUGAGUGGCUUGCCAGACUCAUUGAAACGCCAUAUUGCAAAGAAAGCAGCUGCCUUAGAAGCAUAUUCUGCAAUAAGUUCCUGUUUCCAGACGGUCAUCCAUAUACAGCAACGGGACAACCGGAACCAUUUGUGGAGUUUGACACCCCCUUCAUGCCCACUCUUAACUGAACUCAAAGACCUGAAUACCAGGGCAAUUGAUGUCACCAAACACGUCAUUGCCCUUGGUGAAUUUUCAACUCUGAAUUCCAGGCCCAGCAUCAAUAAUUCAACAGUUGCGUUGUUGGGGAUAAGAAGAGAUUUUACAGAAGAAAUACAGAAGAUUUUGCUGGAGGAAAUUAGUAGGCAUAAUCCUCAAUUUCCUUCAAGAAGAUUUUUUUCACAGUUUUUAAAAAAGCGAACUGAGCACCAGGCACUUUUUGGAUGUCAGAAUAAUAAACAAGGACAUCCCCAAAUAAAAUCCAUUGACAGUCAAAGGGAAACCAAGAGAAAAAGAGUAGAGAAUGAAAAUCACAAAUCAAAAAGAAGAAAACCAAGUGAACGUGGUCAUGAUCAAAUGCCUGAGGGUAAACCAGAGUUAGACAAAGGAAAAUUUUCCAGGACAUCCAAGAAAAAGCAGGCAGCCUUGGAAAGUAUGACAUGUAAAGAAGAAAGUAACACAACCCAGGAUUUUGAUGUUGUGAUAGUAGAUGAAGAUAAGGAAUUUGCUUCAGAGGGAACAUCUGUCUCUGAGUCUGGAAUUGAGGAUGUACUCUGGACAGAAAAAUAUCAACCGCAGGACUCCAGUGAACUCAUAGACAAUAGAAUAGCAAUUCAGAAGUUACACAGUUGGUUGAAAGACUGGAAAAGAAGAGCUGAAUUGGAAGAAAAAGGAAAUGGGAAAGUCAGAAGCGAUGACAAGGAGCAAGACCUCUCUUUCAGUAUGGAUUUUAAGGACCUUUCUGAUGACGAGGAUGAGAGUUCUCUUUGUAAUACUGUGCUUAUCACAGGGCCACCAGGAGUGGGGAAGACAGCUGCAGUAUACGCUUGUGCUCAAGAGCUGGGCUUUAAGAUAUUUGAAGUCAAUGCCUCUUCCCAACGCAGUGGUAGACAAAUUCUGUCUCAACUAAAAGAAGCUACUCAGUCUCAUCAAGUUGACAAGCAAGGCAUCAAUUCACAUAAGCCUUGUUUCUUUAACAACUACAGCUUAGGCAAAUCACCAAAAAAAUUCAGCUCACCUAAGAAAAUUCUUACAUCACCAAGGAAGCCUCCACUUUCACCAAGAGUCGUAAAGCGAGGACUCCCCCCUAGAACUUUGGCAAAUUAUUUUAAAGUGUCUUCCAAACAAAGUAAUGAAGAAGUGACAAAACCCCAGAAGGAUAAUAAAGAAAUUAUUUCUUCUGAAGAGAAACAAGAUGCUCAAACAAAAUCCACAAACAUCUCCAACCCAAAUGUUAAGGAAUUAGGAGUGGAGGAAUCCAGCCGGAAAAAUGCAACAUCUCUCAUCCUUUUUGAGGAGGUUGAUGUCAUAUUUGAGGAAGAUGCUGGAUUUCUAAAUGCAAUCAAGACAUUCAUGGCCACAACUAAGAGGCCUGUAAUUCUUACAACAAGUGAUCCAACAUUUAGCUUAACAUUUGAUGGAUCCUUUGAGGAAAUCAACUUUAAAACUCCUUCCUUGCUCAAUGUUGCCAGCUAUCUGCAGACACUCUGUUUGGCUGAAAAUUUAAGAACUGAUGUAAAAGACUUUGUCACCUUGCUGACGGUUAACAGUUGUGAUAUUAGAAGAAGCAUUCUCUACUUACAGUUCUGGGUUAGAAGUGGAGGUGGAUUCUUAAAAGAAAAACCAUUAUCACUUCAUGGAGAGAGUGAUGGAAACUCCAAGCCUGUUUGUUCUAAAGAUGAUGUUCAUCCUAAAAAACAUCCUCAUACUAGAAAGGAUCCUGCUGCUGCUGACCUUCCAAAGUGUGACAUUGGCUGUGCAGAGAGCCUCCUUGGUUUAAAGAACAUAUUCCUCCCAUCAGAAGACUUGUUUGCUUUUAUAAAGCAUAAAAUCACAACACGGGAAGAAUGGAAUAAACUCAUCCAGCUCCUCAUCGAAUUCCAGAAGCAGAAUGUUGAUUUUUUAUAUAGUAAUCUUGAAUUCAUUCUGCCAUUGCCAGUUCACGUCAUCCCAGAAUCAAAAGACCUUGGUGUUUUGCCAGUAACUUCAUGCCCUACCCAAGCAAGGAAGAAUGAGAAUCUCCUGAAUGUCAAGCACUUUGAAGAAGGUGGCUCUUCAGUAAAGGCCAAGAAGAUGAGGCAUCAAAAGAAGAUAAUCACAUUGGAUGACAGCGACUUGUUUGACACUGGUUUGAAUUAUUCUGAUGAUUUUGUUAGCUUGCUAUCAGCCAUUCCACCCUCUAGCUCAAAAGAGAGUAGCUCUGCCCUCAAACCGAGUGCAAAAGAGAAGAAGAAACCUUUGGAGUCCAAAAGAACUUUGGUUUCUCUUUCUCCUAAGACUCACGUAGAACAAAGGUGUCCUGCUCUAGUUUCUCAUUGUUUAAAUUCGCUGACCGAAUUUAUGGACAAUAUGUCUUUCUUAGAUUCCCUUUUACCUAAUCUAAGGGAACAAAAAGAAUUUGGGAAAAAUGAAGAAUUUAACUGGACAAGUGGCAAAGUCAAGAAUGGCCUUUGUGAUGAGUUUAGUCAAGAGCCUAAUGAUGGCUGGACUUGCCAAGGCGUGGAAGAGCUGAAGGCGGUUGUGGAAGCACUCAGUUUUACCAAGUGCUCUUCCACUAUUUCAAAAGUUUUGGAAACUUCUAUGAAUCCAUGCAAGAAGUUAGGGAAAGAGCCAACUGAAGACCUCACUUUGUAUGUUUCAGAACCAAGAAAUAAUGUGUACUUCAGUCAGUCAGCUGCAGAUGUAGACAAAGCACAGAAGAGGCUGGCAGUCAUAAAAACUGUAUUUUCUGGUAAAUCACUUCUAAACCUGGGGAGCAGGCAAGCCAGCCUCGCUGAAUACUUACCCAUCCUCCGCAGCAUUUGUAGGACUGAGAAGUUAAGAGAACAAGAAAAGAACAAGAGAAGGUUCCUGCACUAUUUUGAAGGAAUUCAUCUUGAUAUACCCAAAGACACUGUGAGCAGUUUGGCAGCUGACUUCCCCUAAUUUUCUAUGCUAAGGGUGCCAUGUACAGUAAAAAAUACUUAUUACAUUUUGAUAUUUCAUUUGAUUUUCCUAUCAUUAAAUUUUUUCUUGAUGUACAGUAAAAAUAGACUAUUUGUAUAUUUUAUAUUUGUGAUUUGUGUGCAAGUAUUUAAAAUAACAAGGAUCCUGGGUUACAAACUGUAUAUUUGGUUCUGUUAGCUCUUUUUUUUAGGCUGAUGUUUUUGUGAACUUCUGUCUGAUUUGACUUUUUUUUUUCAAAUCUUGUUUUUCUGUGGAUGAUUGAGUUAUUUCUCCUGGAAUGUAGAUUUAACUGAAAAGUGUCCAGCGGUGUUUGUGUGCUACGCUAUUCUCAAAAAUUUUCUCCUUCACUGCCAUCCUGUUCCACUGAAAGGACCAGGACUUCUUUUAAUUUAAUAAUGAAUUUUAGUAGCUGGAGAAUUUCUUUCAAAAUAGAUUUUGCAAAAUUCAUGCCCAAGUUGUUGAAGUUUGUUGUCAAACAUAUAUGUGUUGCUAAUUUAAAACUUUUAGAACCACUUAUUUUAAGAGUCAAGGAAAAUGACUUUAAUUUUAAAAUGGAAGUUUUCCUAUUGCCUUGAUAUUUAGUAAUAUUCUACCAUUGGAUUGUCUACACAGUGGAGUUUUAUAAAUAUUUUUCUGCUAUCAUAUUUGUUUUAUUUUGUUAACAUACCAAUUACUUUGUACAUUUUUCUACCUUUUUCUACCUUUGGUGUGUUAUAUUUCAUAAAGAUUUUAGCAAAGUUUCAUAUGACUGAAUAUUUUGUAUGCCUUUUUCAACAUUAACUAAAUUUGGUCAUAUUUGAAUGAAUUAUUCUUGAUGAGUCUUUAUGUAUCUUGAGGGAACUAAAUUCCUGCAUUUCUCCAAAUAACUGUUAAAGUGUUUCAUUUAAAAUUUUGAUGUAAUCUUGAUUAAAGAAGGAAAAUGUAAUUAAAUGAUUUAAAACAUG